UUAUUGACUAUGCAAAGCAAACUAGCAAUCGUGCUUCAGCACGUAAAUAUGAUAUUGACUAUGCAAUGGUUAAACGCUGGUAUAAAAAAGAGGAAAAAUUUAAAACAGCAAGAGCUCUUAGUCGACAAGUAGGAUCAGGUCAAAAAGCAGCAUAUCCCCUUGCAGAAGAUGCAUUAAAAGGAUGGAUUGAUGAACUACGCAGUGAAGGAAUUGCUGUACUACCUUCUGCC